AUGGCGUACCAAAGGGUCGUCUCCCUGCAGGGAGACCUCGCGCCAGCGAGGUUCGGGCACACCACUACCGCCGUAGGAGGCGGGAAGGUGAUCCUUUUCGGCGGUGCUGUCGGAGGUAAGGCUGCGCUCCGCGGUUUUGACGGCGAGUCAGAUGUCGGAAGGUACACAAUCACCGCCGAUCUCUACCUCUUCGACCUGGUAAACAAUGUAUCCACCAAGCUCGAGUCGGAGAACACGCCCUCGCCGCGUGCCGCGCACGCCGCCGCCUGCGUCGAGUCGAUGCAGGUGGUGGUCUUCGGCGGCGCCACGGGCGGAGGAUCUCUCUCUUCUGACGAGCUGUAUCUGCUCGACCUAAGACGAGAAAAACACCUGUCAUGGAUUACGGUGCCCACCACCGGACGGUCGCCCGGCAGACGCUAUGGGCACACCAUGGUAUUCUGCAAGCCCAACCUCAUAGUCAUUGGCGGCAACGAUGGGCAACAGGCCAGCAACGACGUCUGGUUUCUCAAUGUGGAGAAGUCGCCCUUCUGCUGGGUGGAGGUCGUCUUCCCGCCGACGCUGAAGCAGCCGCCGAAAAGGGUCUACCACUCCGCAGACUUGUGCAGGGAGGGCCCGGCUGCUACCAUGAUCGUCAUCUUUGGCGGGAGGUCCAGCGACAACAGGUCACUGAAUGACAUCUGGGGGCUGAGGCAGCACCGCGACUCCACCUGGGACUGGAUGGAGGCACCAGUCAGGUUCGUAUCGGUACCGGAACCGCGGUACCAACAUUCAUCGUGCUUCAUCGGCACAAAAUUGGUCAUUAUCGGCGGCCGCAACGAUAACGACUUCAACAAACCGCUGUCAAUAUCAGCCUACGACACGGAGACGCUCGAGUGGUUCAACAUAUCAGCUAUUCAUAGGUUCCGGCACUCGUCGUGGAGCUUCGGCGGUCAAAUAUACGUGUUCGGAGGGUUUUCGCACCAGACUCAGAAACACCCGACGUCCGAACUCAGGGCUGUGGAUUGCCAGGAGGCAUUUGCAGACUUCGUGAAGGCCUCUAAGGACCCCACCGGUAUGGCGCGCCUCGGCACCCCCGGUGUCGCCGUGGGCGUCCCCAAGGCCCCAAUGCAGCAGGCCAUGCCCCAGAUCAAACCUGCGGAGCGCGAAAUAAGGCUGUCGUCGCACGCACACGCCGUGCACGAAAACGUGUCGGACUUCUCGUACUUGGUGCGGAAGAUAUCCAUAGACAAGCUGGAGGAGGAGGGCCGCAAAAUCAACAAGCCCGAGGCACGCGCCCAACUGCGGUGGCAACACGACGAUGGUGACACCGUGUACGACCGCGUGAUCCGGGCCCUGCUGAACCCGAACUUCAGCAACGAGCACGUCACCAUGUCGUACAACGAGACGUUGUUCCCUGUGCCGUACGAGGACGUACAGGCACUGUGUCAGAUGGUGUGUGCUACAUUUGUGCGUGUAUACUUCGCAGGUCUAUCAGAUCGUCAAGCAGGAGGAGACGGUGCUGAAACUGAGGGCGCCCAUAAAAGUUUCGCAGUUUACGGCGACAUCCACGGACAGUACUACGACCUCAUGCGCCUGUUUAGGCUCUACAAGUGCCCACUCGAGGAGUCCCUGGCCGAGUCAAUCGGCGCCGUUGGCGAUAUCGACUCCAACGACUACCUGUUCCUAGGCGACUACGUGGACCGCGGGUCAAACAACCUGGAGGUCAUCUGCCUACUGUUCGCACUCAAGUGCAAAUACCCGACGCAGAUCCACAUGCUGCGCGGCAACCACGAGGACCCCGGGAUCAAUGCGAUCUACGGGUUCCAGGACGAGUGCCGUCGCCGGCUGCGCGAGGAGUGUGAGAACCCGUACAGCUGCUGGAACAGCGUCAACAAAAUCUUCGAGAUGUUGCCUCUGGGCGCGCUGAUCGAAAAGAAGAUCCUGUGUGUACACGGAGGGAUCGGAAAGACGAUCAACCAUGUUUCGGACAUCGAAGGGAUCGUCCGGCCCAUCACCGUAGCCCCCGUGCCCAAGAACGAGCAGGACCAGAAGAUCCUGGAUAUCCUCUGGUCAGACCCGACCGACAGCGACGCUGUGCUGGGCACCAUUCCCAACGAAGUUCGCGACCCCGACAAGGUCGGCCACAUCGUGAAGUUCGGGCCGGACCGGGUCCACAAGUUCCUGACUGCGAACGACCUACAGCUGAUCAUACGCGCACAUGAGUGUGUGAUGGACGGGUUCGAGCGGUUCGCGGGCGGCAGGCUGAUCACGCUAUUCUCAGGUAGGCGCCUACUCCCGCUCCAACAUAGCAUCGCAGCCACCAACUACUGCAACCACUACAAGAACGCCGGGGCGCUACUGUUCAUUCGGCGCGACCUGACUAUCGUGCCGAAGCUCAUAUACCCGUCUAACGCCGACAACAAGAACGCGGAGACAUGCUCCGCCGACCCCGUGCUCGCGCUGCUCCACGAGCGCGACGACGCCUCGCGGGAGCUCGGCCUGGUACAACUGGACUCCAUCGUCGACACCUUCUGGCCGGAGAUCGCCGACAGCCUUCCAACCAUAGAGUACAUCUACGAGGACCCGCACUUCCGCGCGCGCGAUCUCGCCGCGCUGGUGGCGUCGAAGGUCUAUUUCAACCUGCAGGACUAUGCGAAGGCGCUGCAUUACGCCCUGGCGGCGGGCGACCGCUUCGACCCUCAGGGGCGCUCGGAGUACGCCAACAUAAUCGUCGCGAAGGCCGUCGACGAGUACAUCCGCUCACGUCAGGAGGCACAGGAUGGCAGCACCCCGCGCCUAAACGCUUCUCUGGAACCAACUUCGCAAGCUCCGCUCGAGGCGUUGGUCACCAGGCUCAUCAACAUGAGCGUCGAAGCCGGCGACGAGCACCACGCCAUCGGAAUCGCUCUCGACGCACGCCGUCUUGACCUGCUACUGAAGAUUUUGAAGGAAAGUGCGAACUGCUGCGAAUUGGUCUCCUACACCAUGGGACUGAUGGAGGGCGUGCUCAACCCGGACUUCUGCGCACCGCUCUACGACAGCAUACGCGACUUACUGCUAGCGAUGCCCAAGGAUAUGCUCGUCAACCAGUACCACAACCUGGUCACCUGCCUGUACAAGGUGAACAACCAUGAGCAGAUGGCGCAGCUGCUGCUGGACAUGGUCAACCACGACGACCACCUCAGGGCCUACCAGGUCUGCUACGACCUCGUGGACAUCGGCGACCAGAAGUUCCUCAAGGCUCUCAAGGAAUCGUCAAUCCUGGCUGUGGAGGGCAACUUCAUGAUCGACCGGGUCAAGCGGAUCCUCUCCGGCACUAGCACCACCGAACUGCACCUCGAGUUCUUGCACCGCAAGAACCACACCGACCUGAUGCUGCUCGAGCAUUACAUGAACAGCGUGGACCAGCGCAACAGCGUCGCGCACAACGCCGUCGUGCUCGCGCACGCCAUUAUGCAGGCUGGCACCUGCUGCGACGUCUUCCUGCGGGACAACCUCAACUGGUUGGCCAAGGCCAGCAACUGGGCCAAGUUCACCGCCACAGCCUCCAUUGGUGUCGUGCACAAGGGUUAUGUGAAGCACUACAAGAAGGUGCUAGCCUCCUACUUGCCGGGGGAGACGCCAAACUCCUCCCAUGCGUACUCGGAGGGAGGAUCGCUCUACGCCACCGGCCUUAUCCUGUCGAACCGUUUCGACUCGGAGGCGGCUGAGAUGAUGCUGGGGCACCUGCGCAACGAUACCGCCGAGGAGGCGCUGCAUCACGGCGCGGCGCUUGGUCUCGGCCUGGUAUGCAUGGGGCAGUGCGACCCCUUGAUCUACGAGGACCUGAAGGCCACCCUCUACAGGAACAGCGCGGUGUCCGGACAGGCUGCCGCUAUCGCCAUCGGACUGCUGAUGAUGGGAAGCGGCAACCUCGAGGUGCUGGACACGCUGUAUGCAUUCUGCGCCGACACGCAGCACGAGAAAAUCGUGCGAGCGUGCUCACUUGCCAUUGCGAUGGUGCUCUACCGCUGCGAGAAGAACGCGAGCAUCAUGAUCACCAAGCUCACCCACGACAACGAUCCGGUGGUGCGCUACGGAGGCAUGUUCACUUACGCCAUGGCGUACUGCGGGACGGGAUCGAGCAAGGCUUUGAAGGACCUGCUGUACGCGGCAGUAUCCGAUGUCUCGGACGACGUCCGAAGGGCCGCUGUGAUUGCACUCGGGUUCGUGCUCUGCAACACCCCGGAGGAGGUGCCCAAGGUACUCAAAUUGCUGGUUGCAUCGUACAACCCGCACGUGAGGUACGGCGCGGCGAUCGCACUGGGAAUCAGCUGCGCCGCCUUCCCGCAGCCCGAUGUCGUGCGGCUGCUCCAUUCGCUGUCGUCCGACCGCAGCGACUUCGUCAGACAGGGCGCCUUCAUCGCUCUGGGGCUCGUGCUGCAGCAAAGCAACGCGGAAACCAGCAACGACGUGAUGCAGGUGCGGGACCUCUUCAGGUCCGUGGCGGGCGAGAAGCACCAGGACAUAAUCGCGAAGUUCGGCGCAAUCGUCGGCGCGGGUCUCAUGGAUGCAGGCGGGCAGAACUGCGUGGCAUCGCUGUACACCGGCCGCGGCAACAUGCGGCGCGAGGCGGUGGUCGGCUUCCUGAUGUUCGCGCAGUACUGGUACUGGCACUCGUUCAUGCACUUCGUGUGCCUCACGUUCCAGCCCACCUGCCUCAUCGGCAUCAACAACGACCUGCAGAUCCCCACGGGCUACAAGGUGCUGUGCACCGCACCACCGAAGUCGUUCGACUACAUUCCCCACUUCACGGAUGAACCCACUGAACAAAAGAAGGCGGAGGUCACCGCCGUCCUCUCCAUUUCGGCCAAGCGCCGGGCGUGGCUCACCAACUCCAGGUCGAGCGACCAGUUGGGCGGGAAGGGAGACAAGAGCGACACCAAAGCCGGAGCCGACGAUGCCACUCCGACCACGUCAGAGCGCCAGUCUCAUGGCACGGAAAGCUCUAGCGCCGCCGGAGAAGCGGACCAGCCCGCUCAGGAGUCUCCCGAGGGAGGCAACGCAGAGCUGUCGGGCGACGUGGUGAUGGCCAACGGUGACGAACAGGGAUCCGACUCCACAGCCAGCGCCACUACAGGCGACAAGGCUGCGGAGCAGUCCACCGGUGUGCAGACGCUGCUGGAGAACCCCUGCAGGCUCAUCCCGAGACAGGCCGCCUACUGCAGCGUCCCACCAAACAGCCGGUACGUGCCCGCGUUCCCCGACCGCCGGCAGGGCAUAGUGCUGCUGCGCGACACUGCUCCGGGCGAACCCGAGGAGUACGUGGCCUGCGAAUCCGAGCAGCCCGAAGCACCACCGUUCACUCCGUUCGAAUACAAAGGUUAA